ACGGAGAGUUGACUUGUCUUAAUUUUAUACCGAAAUCGAGCAAGGAAGAAGCAAAGUGGUGGUAGGGAUGGCAGAGAAGGUAGUAGGUAGAGGAGGGCGUUUCCCCCCCUCGGUGCCCGAGACGGGGGGAGCUCAAGGAGGUACUGAAGACGACGAGAGAAUUAUAGAGCUUGUCAGGUUAUGCUAUACCGAGGGGAUCAUUCCUCCGGACAUUGACCCUGGGGAGAUGACGAUGGACGGUCGGGUUGCACGCUUCAAAGUCAACGUUGCCAUUGACCGGGCAAAGGUCAAUUGGUUGAAGCAACACACGGUGACGAUCAUAUUCAAAGAAGGGGCAAAAUUCUUGCCGAAGAAGAUCAAGGAAGACAUUGUUCGUGCAUAUGAAGAUGAGCGAGUUCAUGACGACAAUUUAGAAGUAGAUACGUUCCAUCGAGGAAGAGUAAAGAUCGAAAGCCCCAACGUGGUUUCGUACGUGGCCAAGAAUCCGAUUAUCGCCUUGUGGAUGGUCAGUAAAGGGCACAAUAGCCUGACAAUGGGAGCAUCAGAAUGUAAAUUGGAGUUUAAACCGUGGUUAACCAAGGCACAGUUGGCAGAGCAAAGGAGAAUUGAAGACCAUCUUACCUUCUGGGUGAUAGCAGUUCAGGUUCCACUCGAAGCGAUGUUAUGCCUGGAAGCCCAGAUUAAGAAAGCCAUCGGACCGGUGGUGCGGAGACAUCCCACGGAACCAGACAGACAGAGGCCGACGCUGGUUAAUGUCAAGUUUGACUUAGAACCAAGCGCAAGGCCUAACAUGAAGGAUGUUCUGCGGAUUGAAACGUUCGAAGGAGACCAGUUGGAAGUUAAAUUGGCCUCAUCGGAAACACCGAAGUGCAGAAGAUGUCGGGCCUUCUUUCAUACUAAAGAUCAAUGCAGAAGGGCGGCAAAUCAGCCACAAUCGAACCACGGUGGAGAUUGGGGUGGCGGCAACCCCUUGUCAUACGAUGGACCGAUGGCUCAUCCAGGCACAUCAGCUCGUAUUGAUCCGGCGCUCUCAGGAACGACCACUCCAGCUCCAGGCUCACCGAUGCAAGGAACCAUACAGCAAAGUGGAACUCUCCCACAGGGUGGGAUUCAUCAUGGUGCCGUUACUCAGAACGGUGCUCAAGGCGGAGUAUCUCAAGCAGUGCUGCAACAGAAUGUGCUUUUGCAAGCGGCCGCACAACAGGGAGGCAUGCCACAGGGCUUUCAACCAUACGUCAACCCAAUGUUCUCCCCCGCCAUGGAUAGUGGAGGAGGAGGCAUGGGAUGGGGAGCAGGACAAUUUGGGAGUUGGUUGCCUCCGUCAUUCGUUCAGCAACAAGGCCUGCGACAAUUUCAGUCAUAUGCACCGUACAUACUGAGAGGAGAACCGUCUAGUCUCUUGGGCGGUAAUCUUGGUAUGCCAGCAGGGUACGGCAACCUUGGGGGUGACCAGCCAAUGGGAGCACACGAGAAGGCCACUGGGGGAGAAGCGGAACCACGAUCAGCAGUGCCGGAACCAAGUUCAGAGCUGAUGCCACGAAUAAUUGUUGACAGUCCAGAAGGGGGAGGAAAGAAGCUCAAGCUCUUUAUCCCCAUUCUGGAUGUUGGAUUAGCAGCUGGGCAGUUGGAAAUGCUUGAGACUGAAGGUCUGCGUCUUAUCCUAUUAAUCUAGAUUCAGGAAGGCCGUCGUCAAGAGUUAUGUCGGUUAAGAGUCCCGCCUUUUAAGACCG